AAUCGCGUUUACCAUCUGCACAAAUCAAAUCCAGUUGUCACAAAACGUCCGCGAAAGCCUGAAACUAGUAUCAAAGAUGCAUUUAAAGAAAUGGAACACGAAGCAGUUUCUAAUUCCGUAGUAAGCAUACCGUCCGGAGAAACAGGACUACCUUUUCAGAAAUUCCGUUUUUAAUUGCUUCAGUACAUCUUCCACUGGAACGACCCGAAAAGUUGUGUUCAUUUACUUUCCUACUCGAUUUUCGGGAAACGUCUUGUGAAUGAGAAAUGAUGUGAUCAACAUGUCACGAGUACAGAACAAAGAGGAAAUCUGAGUUCCCGACAGGAAUUGAACCUGUGACCUUCCAUAUCCCGAUCGGAUGCUCUAACCACUGAGCUAGGAAUGACUCGUGGCCAGCUGGGCGAUAUACAGUGUUCAUGUAUAACAUGCGUCCUGCGCACUGCUAGGAUCAAUAGUAAAAAACCUUUGCAUCGAUCAUUGCAUUAAUCAGUUUUUCGUUUUAAUUUUUUUUUUCUAACUCAAAUGAUUAAUUCUUUCUAGAAUACUCCACGGGAAAACAACCCCUCGUGCCUGCUUCCCAGAAGGCCAUGGGUAAGUAAGCAGCAAGCUGUUACCUUAGCAACAAACCUGUUCAACCUGCACAUUUUAGAUGAUUCUUCUGUGAAAGAAUUGGACGGUUAUGACGACAGGAAUUUUUUUGUUCGUGGUUUGUUGAAUACAGAGGGAAAAGAGAAGGAAAAACUUCCAAGUCAUGAAUACGUUCUGAAAGUUGUGAACCACAUGGACUCGAAUCACGAAGGUUUAAUGAAGACACAAUCUGACGUCAUGUCAUUUCUCCAGUCACGUGACCAUGCUUGCCCAGUCCCAGUCCCUUCCGUUUACGACACUACAUUUGUCAUGUGUAAAAUACCCAAGGUUGCCCCGCCUGACAGUGUUACCAUGGAAACCAAUGAGUUGGCCGAUAAAGAAGAGAUAGAAAUUUACAACGGUGAGGAGUAUUCUAACGAGGCAUACUAUGUGUGUGCUGUGCGAUUACUGACUUUUGUACCCGGACAAAUGCUGCACGAAAUACCGCUUAACACCCAACUUUGCUUCGAUGCUGGGUUCGCCUUGGGAAGACUGCAUCAAGAUUUAAAGGUAUGAUCUUACAGGGCGGAGCCUAUCAUACAGAGUUACCGUAUUUAUUCGAAUAAGCGCCCAACCUCGAAUUAGCGCCCACCUCGAAUAAGCGCCCAUCCUAAAGGAAGAAAAAGUUAAUAAGCGCCUAGCCUCGAAUAAGCGCCCACCCCCUCCUCCUCCUAAUCAAACUCAAAUAAGCCCUCACCCCCACCCCACCCACUUGAGUGAAUAAAUUCUAAUAAGAGACUUCCCCGAGGACGGAGUUUUCUUCAGAGUAUUUUACAGAAACCUUGCUUUGUUACUUCUUCGCGUUUUGUUAUUAGCAUUUAUUGUUUUGUUGCAAAAUAAACAUAAUUCACAGACCAGUUUAUUUUUAGAUCAUUUUUCCUGCGAAUUUUGAAAUUAAGUCUUCAAACUUCAAGUUUUCAUAUAAUUCUUACAAAACGGUCAUCAAAAACCGAAGACUUAAAAAACUAUUCCUGGUGUUUUGAUAGCAUUUACUUCCUCUUUUUGUAAGUAUCGUACUAUGGAUGUGCACGCAUACUGGACGGUGCCUCUAUUUUUGUUGGAAGAAGUCCUACAAAAAUGAUGGUAAAAAUACCUUGGUCUGUGAAAACGCCGUUGUAUCGGCUAAGUAUGGGAGUUGCGCGCUCACGGUUAUGUGCUCCUGGUCAGCGAGGCAGGCGAUCGAGCAGGAGGGCUAAAAACAGAUCCGCGAAUUGUGUGCGAGAACUUGAAAGUGCCUGCACACACGGGCUGUUAAGCCUGGUCUCCAGACUGAUAUAAUCGCCCAGGACGUCUAGAUAGCUUCCGUUUUUUUAGGGACGAACCGGAAGGUGAAAUAGAAGCCCUGCCUCGUACCAAGGUUUUUCUUGGGAUUUCCAGCAAUAGUUGCGGUGCAAGAGGACGAGGGAUGGGCGAAGCAUUUCCAUACAUCUUAGCACUUUUAACGUUUUUCAUGAUCCUUCCCGCCUUAGUCCAAAAAAUUUCAUAAACCUUUGCACCACGACUACUGCCGAAAAUCACAGAAAGCGCCCAGGCAACGAGGCGAUGAAAAUCGCUUGCAAACCAUCGCCCUACCACAAUCUCCUUUGUUUUACAGGAUUUUGGAUGUCCAAAGCUUGGACGCGAUGACUUAGCAUGGAACUUAGCUACUACAGGUGAAAAAAUAGAACCAUUUCUUGACGUUUUGAAUGACCAUCAUUUCAUUGAAAUGAUCCAAGAGGUUUGUGAAUCCUUUAGGAAAAAUGUAACACCCAAAAUUCAUCUGUUGCCGCAACAGGUCAUCCAUGGAGACGCGAAUUACACAAAUAUGUUAUUGGUUCGACGUAGUGGUAAUAAUGAUAAUCUUGCAGCAGACUUUGGCUUCAUCGACUUUUCAGAUAUCAAUUAUAGUUGCCGUGUCUUUGAUGUAGCAAUUUCGCUUACAUACUGCUUGAAUCUCCCUAAUGUAUCGAACUGCGAGGAAUCUCGAAUGGCGGCGGGACAUUUUUUCGCGGGAUAUUAUUCUGUCAACCCCUUGUCGAACGAAGAGAUAGAAUUGCUGCCUGUAUUAAUAGCCUCGAGGUUUUGUCAGACUUUAGUUUAUGGUGCUUUCACCAACACACAUCUCGACCCUGGCAAUAGUUAUAUCAUGGAAACGUCUACACACGGGUGGAAGAAUUUUGAAGCGUUUUGGAAGACGCCAAAAGACGAAGUGCUAAAAAUGUGGCUCCGAUUGACCAAUCAGAACAGUUACAAUUAA